AUGGGAUGUACGGUGUCCACGAAACCGGAUCUAUAUUCACAAAAUGGCGAUGCUGACCCAUACAAAAAGAAGAAGGUUGCACCUGUAGAUAGCCGACUUCCUUUGACGGCAAGACAGAAAUUUCAAAUUACCAAAUCAUGGAAAGGAAUUGCGCGGAAUAUGGAGAACACUGGAAAAUCUAUGUUUAUGAGACUUUUCCAAAGCAACAUUGAGCUUAAGAAUAUGUUUACAGGUUUUGAAGAAUUCGACGAUCUGGAAGAUAUGCGCGAGAGCCAGCAAUUGGAGAACCAUGCCUCUCUUGUCAUGUAUACGAUAGACGAAGCGAUCGCGUCGAUUGACGAUAUCGACUUUGUUGUCGAACUUCUUGGAAAAAUAGGUAGAACCCACACAAGAACAGAUUUCAAUCCGCAGUUAUUUUGGAGAAUAGAGCAGCCAUUUUUGUCUGCAGUGAAAGAGACAUUAGAAGACCGAUACACUAAAAAUAUUGAGGAAAUCUACAAGAUUACGUUUCGUUUUAUUGUGGAUGCACUUAUUGAUGGAGUGGUCGCCGGAGUUAAUGAAAGAAAGGCAGAGGCGGAGGCAGAAGCAGAAGCGAAAGCUGAAGCUGAGGAUGAACAAGACAAUGAGAUGAUGAAAAAGACAAUGCAUAAUGGAGACAAAGAAGACAAUUGCAUAGAAAGUAGCAAACAAAAAGACAUCACAGUAAUAGCUAGUACAAAACAAAGGUGAACAUGGAAGUGAUACGGCG